AUGAGCAUAACUAAAGAUUUAGGCUUUUGCUUCAGAGUUCUGAAUCAAAUCAAGAGUAUCAAAAUAAAAAGUCUUGGAGAUCAGCCAUUUUGCUCAGAGAUGGAAACAGAAGAAGAACUGGUAGCUGCUGCGAAGCAAAUCAUGAAAGCUCUUGAAACGAAGAAGAAUUUGAUGGAUGAUGCUAAGAAAAUCUUGUCGAAUCUAGGCAUGCAGUUGUGUGAUAUAAAUAGAGAGAACGAACAGAAAGACGAGGGAGUGAAAGAAAAUGAUGGACUUAAUGAGAUUGUGCAGCAGCUUGAUUUGAUACAAGAUAAGGUUUUGAGUUGGGAGAGGGAUCAGGCAAUUAUAUGGGAUUGUGGCCCAGAAGAAGCUUACGAGUAUUUGAAGGCUGUGGACGAAGCUCGAAAGUUGACUGAGAGUUUGGAGAGAUUGAGCUUAAAUAAUGGUAGUGAAGACACAACACUUCUGCGUAGGGCUCAUGAUGUUCUUCAGAUGGCUAUGGCAAGGCUUGAAGAGGAGUUUAAGCACUUGCUAGUUCAGAAUAGGCAGCCUUUUGAACUGGAGCAUAUGUCUUUUCGAUCAAGUGAAGAUGAUAUUAUGGAGGCAGGGUCUGUAAUCUCGUCAGGGGAUGAUUCACUUGAAGAUGUAGUUCAAAGAGAUAGUAUGAGCCAAGGUCUGGAGGAAUACAUCAUCGAAUUGGUACACCCAGAUGUGAUUCCGGACCUGAAAAGUAUUGCCAAUUUGAUGUUUGACUCGAAUUAUGGUCAGGAAUGUACUCAAGCAUUUAUUAGUGUCCAAAAAGAUGCUUUAGAUGAUUGCAUUUACAUCCUUGAAGUGGAGAAUCUAAGCAUCGAGGAUGUGCUUAGGAUGGAAUGGAAUACAUUGAACUCCAAAAUCAGGAGAUGGAUACGGGCUAUGAAGAUUUUUGUGCGGGUCUACCUAGCCAGUGAAAAUUUGUUGAGCAAAAAGAUUUUUGGAGAUCUUGAAUCAGUUAGUUCAGUCUGUUUUGUUGAGUCAUCAAAAACUGCACUUCUACAACUUCUAAAUUUCGGUGAAGCCAUAGCCAUUGGCCCUCACCAACCAGAGAAGUUGAUUCGAAUUCUUGACAUGUAUGAGGUGCUUGCAGAUCUUAUUCCAGAUAUCAAUACUUCAUACUCUGACGACACUGGAUCAUGUGUUAGGAUUGAAUGGCAAGACAUCCUAAGGAGAUUGGGUGAUUGUGCAAAGGCAACUUCUCUUGAAUUUGAGAAUGCUGUUGCCUCUAAUGUAUCCACAAACCCUUUCCCAGGUGGUGGGGUCCAUCAUCUCACUAGGUAUGUAAUGAAUUACAUCAUGACUCUUGCUGACUACCAAGAGACCCUUGAUGUGAUCUUGAAGGACCACGAGAGAGAAGAUCCCAUUUCAUUCUCCCCCGACAUGAGUCCAGUCAGUGAAGAGGAGAGUAUUGAAGGAAGCUCCUUGGUUUCUCCAAUGGCUCGACACUUCCAAUCCCUCGUUGUGAUUCUUGAAUGCAACCUCAACGACAAAUCUAAAUUAUACAAAGAUGAUUCCCUACAGCAACUUUUCUUGAUGAACAACAUACAUUACAUGGCUGAAAAGGUGAAAGGUUCCAAACUCAGAACAGUACUAGGCGAUGGAUGGAUUCGAAAGCACUAUUGGAAAUUUCAACAGCAUGCAAUGAAUUACGAGAGAGCUACUUGGAGCUCAAUCCUGUCCUUGCUCAAGGAUGAAGGGAUCCAAAAUCCCGGUUCAAGUUCUAUUUCGCGGACAGUUCUCAAGGAAAGACUGCAGAGCUUUUAUCUUGCAUUUGAAGAGGUUUACAAGAAGCAGACAGGAUGGUCAAUUCCGGAUAGCCAGCUUCGAGAUGAUCUUCGUAUCUCAACAUCGGUCAAGGUAAUCCAGGCUUAUCGGACUUUUGUUGGGAGACACAUCAUUCGUAUUAGCGAAAGGCAUGUUAAAUACACGGCUGAUGACUUAGAAGACCGCCUCUUAGAUCUUUUCGAGGGAUCACAAAAAUCAUUACAUGGUGGACAUAAGAAGUGA